AUGGAGCAGUUACAGUCGGAUCAUGUGGGUAUGAACUAUGGUGUAGUUUCGGAGUCGAGCUACGACUGGUUGCGAUUUCAAGAGGAGCAGCAGAUGAGACUUGUGUCUUUGGCGAAUUCGCGAUCGCGACAGACUUCGUUUCUGUCGAUGGAUUCAUGGUCUCAUAAAUCGCUGAUCUCACGACUGUGGACAGAUGGGGUUGGGAUGUUGCAGAAUGGUGUCAAGGGGGCGCAGGAUAGUAGAGAGUAUGUUAUUGAGUACUCUGUGUUCCAACCGAGGAAUGUUGCUGCGGUGCAUGGGAUCGAGGAUGAAGCUCGAAGCCAGGAGCAGUUUCAAUACACUGUAUCGAAUUGCAUCGAGGCUAUGCAAGAUCUUGGGAUAGAUUUACAGAGGAUCUUAACUGGAUCCAGUGGGUCUUACUUUGUGUAUGGGACGAACGAAGAGAUCCUUGGUGUGUUCAAACCCAAGGACGAGGAGCCCUAUGGACCUUUGUCCCCAAAGUGGACGAAGUGGUUGCAUAGGACGUUUUUCCCAUGCUUCUUUGGAAGGUCCUGCCUGAUCCCGAACUUGGGUUAUAUCUGCGAGGCAGCUGCAUCACUUCUGGAUAGGCAGCUUCGCACCAAUCUCGUCCCCAGGACGGAUACGUUAGUUCUGGAUUCCAUGAACUUUUACGAUAGCAGGAAUAAGUGGUUUUGCGGGUUCCAAAAGAGGCUGCAACGUAAAUUGGGAUCUUUUCAGCUUUUUCUAACCGAUUAUACAAGUGCUGCUACGUUUUUGCAAAAGUAUCCGUUACCAGAGGCCCUGUCACCAGAGAUGGAUACCCCUCCUUCUUUAGAGGAAGUGGAGACGGCGAAUUUCCGGUGGACAUCGGAUACAUUGCGCCAAUUUCGAUUGCAGCUGGAAAAGCUAAUUAUAUUGGACUACAUUAUGCGAAACACCGAUCGAGGAUUAGACAAUUGGAUGAUACGUAUAGAAGAAUCUCUUAUGGGCUGGCAGGUACAUGUUGCAGCCAUUGACAACGGAUUGUCUUUCCCCUGGAAACAUCCUGACGAAUGGCGUUCCUAUCCUUAUGGAUGGCUAUACCUACCAUUGCAUAUUACCAACAGGCCUUUUAUGAGAGAGACUAGAGAACAUUUCCUGCGCAUUUUAUUGAGCUCCGAAUGGUGGGAGCAAUCGUAUUUAAAGUUCCACGCUUUGUUCAGAAGGGACGCAGAAUUUACAGAACGAAUGUGGAAAAAACAAUGGAGCGUGCUGAAAGGUCAGGCAUUUAACGUUCUAGAGACUUUAAAACAUCCAUCACAAGGCCCACUCGAACUUAUCCGUAGAACUAGAUGCCUCGUUCUUGACGAGAUCUUGGAGGUGCCGGCAGAAAACCCCCCCAUGAAUAUCAUUGGUUCUGCAAUAGAUGAAAACCUGGACGUUGCAUCAUCACCAAUGAUUCUAUCCUCUGUACCUGAGGAAAGCAUCCUGCUCAAUUUCCCACAGUUCCCUGAUAGAAAGACCCAUGAUGAGCAGGACCGUCAGUCAUUCGUAGAAGACCCAAUAAGUGAGCUUUUAUCCGACAUGAAUCGGCCUACAUCCCAAGUAACAACAAAGAAGGUAAUUGUGGAAAGGUUACAGAUAUGCAGUAGUAAGCCACCGGUCUUUACUUGGUGCUAA